CGCGGGUGGGGGUAAAAUCGCGCGGGCGCGGCGGGCAGAGGGCCGCGGGCUACCCUGGACAGCGCAUCGCCGCCCGCCGCGACCAUGGAGCAACUAAAGGCCCUUGAUGAUGAAAUUAAUGCUUUUUUGGACAAUAUGUUCGGACCUCGAGAUUCUCGAGUCAGAGGAUGGCUCUUGUUGGACUCUUAUCUUCCUACCUUUUUUCUCACUGUUGCGUAUCUGCUUUCAAUAUGGCUGGGCAACAAAUACAUGAAGAACAGACCUGCUCUUUCCCUCAGGGGCACCCUCACCUUGUAUAACCUCGGGAUCACUCUUCUCUCCGCGUACAUGCUGGCAGAGCUCAUUCUUUCCAGCUGGGAAGGAGGCUACAACUUACAGUGUCAAGACCUUGCCAGUGCCGGGGACGCCGACGUCCGGGUAGCCAAGGUACUGUGGUGGUACUACUUUUCCAAAUUAGUGGAGUUCCUGGACACAAUUUUCUUUGUUCUGCGGAAAAAAACGAGUCAGAUCACUUUUCUCCAUGUGUACCAUCACGCCUCUAUGUUUAACAUCUGGUGGUGUGUGUUGAACUGGAUACCGUGCGGACAAAGUUUCUUUGGACCAACACUGAACAGUUUCAUCCACAUUCUAAUGUACUCCUACUAUGGACUUUCUGUGUUUCCAUCCAUGCACAAGUAUCUCUGGUGGAAGAAAUACCUCACACAGGCUCAACUGGUGCAGUUUGUGCUCACCAUCACGCACACCAUGAGUGCCGUCGUGAAGCCCUGUGGCUUCCCCUUCGGGUGUCUCAUCUUCCAGUCCUCUUACAUGAUGACCCUGGUCAUCCUCUUCUUAAACUUCUAUGUUCAGACAUACCGAAAAAAGCCAAGGAAGAAAGAUACGCAAGAGCCACCUGCAGGAAAAGAAGUCAAGAAUGGUUUUUCCAAAGCCCUUUUCACGGCAGCUAACGGUGUGAUGGACAAGAAAGCACAGUAGAAGUAGAGUAGCAGGAGAAGCCUUCGCCUAACAGAUUUCGCUAGUUUUAAAGCAAAGACUGAAAUUACAAGUUAUACAUGUUUUAGCAUAAACUAAUUUCUUGGCGUUUAUAAAUCAUUUGUACCCAGAAUGUAUUACUAGAUUGCUGUUGGGUUAAUCUGUUAGCUGAACGCUUUGGUCAGCACCGCCGUGAUGCUGACUCUGUAGACCUCAGAACAGGUGCAACUUCCACCACACAGACACGAAGCCGGGACACACGCGGCACUGUUUUAUACGGCACAUCUUCCAAUAAAGAGUUUUGUUCAGAUUAAAAUGUUGAAAACAAAAUGUUAAUUCUAAACACAGGGUAUGUUCUAAUCUACAUUAAGCAAUAAUUGCCAGUGCACAAAGUAAACAGUCCAUUUGUUCCUUUAGGAAUUAACCCCAGAAUAUAUUAAAAUAGGAUCAUAAACAGAAGAGAAAAUAGAUCAAAACAUCUGUGUUAAGCCAGAGUCUUGUCUGUCGAAUUCCUUCACCUACUCCUGAUUCCAAACCUCAGAGACGUGGUAAUGAAAUUUGUCAUUUCUUUUCAAGAUUUGUGAUUUUAAGAAGAAAACUUCUGCCAACUCCUCAUAACUCAGGGGCCUUGAAUAGGAGUUGUUCCUCAGUGUUAGUCUGGUUUCCUUCAUUAUUCAUAUAGUCACGUCUGCCUCCCUCGUCGGUUAGGCAAGGCAAGUAAAGACACCAGGCCCCAGACUGAGAGCCCCACUGAGAUCUGUGAAUAGGACUGGGAUCUAUCCGCCCUUCUACUUAGAGUGUGCACACCACUGGAUUAUGUGCAAGUCAGAAUGAACAGCAGUGGGGAUAAAAUCGACACUGAAUUUGUCAGCCGUUUCUUGUGAGCCUACUUCUGAAUAUUAUCCCAGAGACCUACCAUCAGCCUCUGCAGGGUGAGGUUUUGCACACCGUGGGCUGGUGCUGAGCCCCAGUGAACCGGCCCGUCCCUGCUCAGACCCUGCGCUCUGAGAAGCACAAAGGCAUUAAUGAGUAUUUCCUCUUCUCCCCAGAGGAGGACAGUUACUCACUGUUACAGUGUACCAAGACUGGAAGCGGUAUUUUCUGAAGCUUAGAGGAAGAAUAAUUUAUACCCUGGAAAACAAAACUUGCCAGUGUUAACCCUGAUUCAUGACGGGCAUUUCACCACUGCCCUAGCGUAUCACAGUGCAGAAGGCCUUUCUGUCCCCUUUUGCCCUUCGCCCCCACCCCCGAGUGGUAAUUCUAAAGUGAUUUUCUCUGUUAAGCCAGUGAACACUGGCUUUUUAAAGCUUUUAUUUCAUGUAAACUCCCAAGAUUCUGGCCUGUGUUCCGGAAGGUGCCUAACACUUGCUGUCGUCUUCCAGGUCAGCGCAGGGUGUACUGUGACCUCCUCGGGGUUUGUGGGCUGGGCCAGACUUGUUGAACACACAUCUCCCUGUCUGAUGCCCACUUCCUCUUUCUAAAAUGGCAUUGCUCUAGGGUGCUCAGUCUCUACUCCAUCACCUCCUGUGUUCAAAGUUUUGUUCUCUCCCAGGAAUUUUAAAACAAGAUGUGACUACUCACAAAUCGGACUAGAGAUAAAGUCUUUUGGAGAAACUGAACUCAAGUUUAAUACUGGGCCUUCAGUCUAUCACCAGCAUGCACCCCAGGCCAACAGGAGACUCAGAAGGCAGACAUCACUGGUCAUUGUUCUUCAAUGAGGCCCACAGCCUUACCUGUCAUCGGGAGGUUUCCAUGGGCUUCGAACCUGUAGAGCAAGGGGCAGCCUUCAGCUAACUGACCCGAGUCAGCCAGCUGUUAAGUACUUGACAGCCUGAAACCCUCACAUCAAAGUGGGACACUCUGGCGUUAGCUUGAAAGCAUAAACUACCCCGGAUUUAAUUAGGGGUUUCAGGAUGCUGUUUCCAAUGUGUUCUUUAAUUCUAGUAAAGCUUAAGACACUGGGAGCCUUAAACCACUCAAGGGCUGAUUAAAAGGUACACUGAGCUCUGAAAGCCACAAAUGUUGAAUCAGGUACGAACAUGUCAACCUGUUGCCUUGUGUUAGAACUUCAAAAAAAUGAAAUUUUCACUUCGUGAUCUUCCUAAGACAAAACUAUAUAAAAAUUGAGAUCUUUAUAAUCUGUUCAUGGACAAAAAAAAAAUGGAAGCUGUUUUCCCAAAUCUCCUCUAAGAUGAGUGACAACACUUAAUGUUCUACUGUGUAUCUAUUAGUAAUCUCCCCAAUUUGUACACUAACAGUGUAUUUACCAAAUGGAAUUAAACGUAGAGGAGACGGUCCUCCCCACUUCAGAGAGGUGCUGCCUACUUUUAUUUAAGGCAAGAUAGUACUGUGACAGGCAGCCUUUUCUACCUAAGACCAUUCUAAUUCUGCUAUUACCAUGCAGUUUUAACAUUUCGGGGGCUUCCUUAUUUGGAAAAUGAGGAUGUUAUUUUUUUUUUUUAAAUAGUGAAGAACACAGUAUCAUGAUUGGGUAGACAGGGAGGCAGGAGAAGCCAUUUUUCUUUGUAGAUAAAAAGCAUUCUGUAUAAUUGUAUAAUAAACUGAUUUUUACACAAAAGCAAAGCAUGUCACAAUUUUUCUUACUUGGUUCAAGCAAGUUGUGUGCCUGAUAUUCUAAGUGACCUAUCAGGGAUUUUCACAAACA